GAGCCAGAGCUAGAGACCCCAUCGCGCCGGCCUGGCCUGGGCUGCUGAGGAAGGCCCCGCGUCAGGAAGGAGGAAGGAGCGGGGAGGCGGCCAGGGCCAGCGCUACUGCCGCCUCUGCGUGUGCCCGCGGGGAGGAAUUGUCUAUCACAGAAGGAAGAAGUACACUUGCGCUUUGCAAACAUAAAUUUAUGAACACAUUAUUUCUAAUACUGUGGUGUUCCAGAAGAUGAUAAAGAAAUGAUAGCAGCUCCAGAAAUACCAACUGAUUUUAACCUACUUCAGGAGUCAGAGACACAUUUUUCUUCUGACACAGACUUUGAGGAUAUUGAAGGAAAAAACCAAAAACAAGGCAAAGGAAAAACUUGUAAAAAAGGCAAAAAAGGUCCUGGAGAGAAGGGGAAGGGUGGAAAUGGAGGAGGAAAACCUUCUGGUCCAAAUCGAAUGAAUGGGCAUCAUCAACAGAAUGGAGUGGAAAACAUGAUGUUGUUUGAAGUUGUCAAAAUGGGCAAGAGUGCUAUGCAGUCUGUAGUGGAUGAUUGGAUAGAGUCAUAUAAACAUGACCGGGAUAUUUCGCUUCUUGAUCUCAUCAACUUCUUUAUUCAGUGUUCAGGCUGUAAAGGAGUUGUCACAGCUGAAAUGUUUAGGCACAUGCAGAACUCUGAAAUAAUUCGAAAGAUGACAGAGGAAUUCGAUGAGGAUAGUGGAGAUUAUCCACUCACCAUGGCUGGUCCUCAGUGGAAGAAAUUCAAAUCCAGUUUUUGUGAAUUCAUUGGUGUAUUAGUGAGGCAAUGUCAAUAUAGUAUCAUAUAUGAUGAGUACAUGAUGGAUACAGUCAUUUCACUGCUUACAGGAUUGUCUGACUCUCAAGUCAGGGCAUUUCGACAUACCAGCACAUUGGCAGCUAUGAAGUUGAUGACAGCAUUGGUGAAUGUGGCGUUAAACCUUAGCAUUAACAUGGACAAUACACAGAGGCAGUAUGAAGCGGAGCGAAAUAAAAUGAUUGGAAAGCGAGCAAAUGAUAGGCUGGAACUUUUGCUGCAGAAGAGGAAAGAGCUUCAAGAAAAUCAAGAUGAAAUAGAAAAUAUGAUGAAUGCCAUAUUUAAAGGAGUCUUUGUACAUAGAUACCGUGAUGCUAUAGCAGAAAUCCGUGCUAUUUGUAUCGAAGAGAUUGGGAUAUGGAUGAAAAUGUACAGUGAUGCCUUUCUUAAUGACAGCUAUUUAAAGUAUGUUGGAUGGACUAUGCAUGAUAAGCAAGGGGAAGUAAGACUAAAGUGUCUUACUGCACUGCAAGGGCUUUAUUAUAAUAAGGAGCUUAAUUCCAAACUGGAGCUCUUCACCAGUCGAUUCAAGGAUAGAAUCGUUUCCAUGACCCUUGAUAAAGAAUAUGAUGUUGCAGUGCAAGCAAUAAAAUUACUCACUCUUGUUUUACAGAGUAGUGAAGAAGUUCUUACUGCGGAAGACUGUGAAAAUGUGUACCAUUUGGUUUAUUCAGCCCACCGGCCAGUUGCAGUAGCAGCAGGAGAAUUUCUUUAUAAAAAGCUUUUUAGUCGCAGAGAUCCUGAAGAAGAUGGAAUCCUCAAAAGAAGGGGAAGACAAAGCCCAAACGCCAACCUGGUCAAGACAUUGGUAUUUUUCUUUUUAGAAAGUGAGUUGCAUGAACAUGCAGCAUACCUUGUGGAUAGCAUGUGGGACUGUGCUACAGAGCUGCUGAAGGACUGGGAAUGUAUGAAUAGUUUGCUGUUGGAAGAACCACUCAGUGGAGAAGAACCAUUAACCGACAGACAGGAGAGUGCGCUUAUUGAAAUAAUGCUCUGUACCAUUCGACAAGCAGCCGAAUGCCAUCCUCCUGUGGGAAGAGGGACAGGAAAAAGGGUUCUGACUGCAAAGGAGAAAAAGACCCAACUAGAUGAUAGAACAAGAAUUACUGAACUGUUUGCGGUAGCCCUUCCUCAGUUGUUAGCAAAAUACUCUAUAGAUGCAGAAAAAGUAACUAACUUGCUGCAGUUGCCUCAGUACUUUGAUUUGGAAAUCUAUACAACUGGCCGAUUAGAGAAGCAUUUGGAUGCCUUAUUACGACAAAUCCGGGAUAUUGUAGAGAAGCACACAGAUACGGAUGUAUUGGAAGCUUGUUCUAAAACAUAUCAUGCACUCUGUAAUGAAGAGUUCACCAUAUUUAACAGAGUAGAUAUUGCCAGAAGUCAAUUGAUAGAUGAAUUGGCGGAUAAGUUUAAUCGACUUCUUGAAGAUUUUCUGCAAGAGGGGGAAGAACCUGAUGAGGAUGAUGCGUAUCAGGUCCUGUCAACAUUAAAAAGGAUCACUGCUUUUCACAAUACCCAUGAUCUUUCACGAUGGGAUUUGUUUGGUUGUAAUUACAAGUUAUUGAAAACUGGUAUUGAAAAUGGAGACAUGCCUGAACAGAUUGUUAUUCAUGCAUUGCAGUGUACUCACUAUGUAAUCCUUUGGCAGCUAGCAAAAAUUACUGAAAGCAGCUCCACCAAGGAAGACCUACUUCGUUUAAAGAAACAAAUGAGGGUGUUCUGUCAGAUUUGUCAGCAUUACCUGACCAAUGUGAAUACUGCUGUUAAAGAACAGGCCUUCACUAUUUUGUGUGAUGUGUUGAUGAUCUCCAGCCAUCAGAUUAUGUCAGGAGGACGGGACAUGUUAGAGCCGCUAGUUUACACUCCUGAUUCUUCAUUGCAGUCUGAAUUGCUCAGCUUUAUUCUGGAUCAUGUCUUCAUUGACCAGGAUGAUGAUAACAAUAGUGCAGAUGGACAGCAGGAUGAUGAAGCUAGUAAAAUUGAAGCACUGCACAAGCGGAGAAAUUUACUUGCAGCUUUUUGUAAACUAAUUGUAUAUACUGUGGUGGAAAUGAAUACAGCUGCGGAUAUUUUCAAGCAAUAUAUGAAGUAUUACAAUGAUUAUGGAGAUAUUAUAAAAGAAACAAUGAGUAAAACAAGGCAGAUAGACAAAAUCCAGUGUGCAAAGACGCUUAUUCUCAGUUUACAGCAGCUGUUCAACGAAAUGAUACAAGAAAAUGGGUAUAAUUUUGACAGAUCAUCACCAACAUUCAGUGGUAUUAAAGAACUUGCCCGACGUUUUGCUUUAACUUUUGGACUUGAUCAGUUGAAAACAAGAGAAGCCAUCGCCAUGUUACACAAGGAUGGGAUAGAAUUUGCAUUUAAGGAACCUAAUCCACAAGGUGAAAGCCAUCCACCUUUAAAUUUGGCAUUUCUUGAUAUUUUGAGUGAAUUUUCUUCUAAACUUCUCCGACAAGAUAAGAGAACAGUGUAUGUUUAUCUCGAAAAGUUCAUGACCUUUCAGAUGUCACUCCGAAGAGAAGAUGUGUGGCUUCCUUUGAUGUCUUAUAGGAAUUCUUUAUUAGCUGGAGGUGAUGAUGACACCAUGUCAGUCAUCAGUGGAAUUAGCAGUCGGGGAUCAACUGUGAGGAAUAAAAAAUCAAAGCCAGCAACAGGAAAACGAAAAUUACCUGAAGCUGAAGAAAGUAGUAGUAGUGAUAGCAUGUGGUUGAAUAGAGAACAGACAAUGCACACCCCCGUUAUGAUGCAGACACCACAGCUUACUUCAACUAUAAUGAGAGAGCCCAAAAGAUUACGACCAGAGGAGAACUACAUGGGUGUCUAUCCAAUACAGCCGGAACACCAUCCUACACCACUCGACUACAACACGCAGGUAACAUGGAUGUUAGCUCAAAGACAACAAGAAGAAGCAGCCAGGCAACAGCAGGAGAGAGCAGCAAUGAGCUAUGUUAAGCUGCGAACUAACCUUCAGCAUGCCAUUCGGCGUGGUACCAGCCUAAUGGAAGAUGAUGAAGAACCAAUUGUUGAAGAUGUCAUGAUGUCUUCAGAAGGGAGGAUUGAGGAUCUUAACGAGGGGAUGGAUUUUGACACAAUGGAUAUAGACUUGCCACCAUCCAAGAAUAGGAGAGAGAGGACAGAACUGAAGCCUGAUUUCUUUGAUCCUGCUUCGAUUAUGGAUGAAUCAGUUCUUGGGGUGUCAAUGUUUUAAUCUGUGGUGAAGUCAUUUUCUAAGUGGAAGAGGAAGUUUUUCAAUAAAGUUGGGGUAGUAGAUACAGUGAAAUUCUGUACAGAUUUUUCUCUAAGGAGAAUGAAACAUGCCUACCAAGAUCAAGUGCAUUGUGAGAGGCAGUUUUGUUUGCCUGAAAAAAAAAAAGAAAAGUAAAGGACAAGUAAACAAUUUGAGGAUAAGCUACAGUUUUUGUUG